AUGGAUCCGCGUGUAGCACAAGCAUCUGUUUCCCCUGUUACUGACCGGUUGGCAAUAUUGACGGCCCGCUGCAGAGGGCUUGUCACAGGUGCCGGUUCUAUGGUCUGUGUUCUGGUGGUGUUUCUUACUUUUCUUGGAUGCUUCGAGGCAUCGCUUGUGGUCGGUGUCGACGCACGGAUUGCAAAAAAUGAUGGUCUAGCGGUGCCUAGUUCUCGGAUGGAAGCUGUCAUCAGAGCGCAACGAAUCAGCGGGACUGACGAUGAUACGGCAGGAGAGAGUUCAUGGGGAUCGAUCAUCACAGCGAGAGUCCCUGGAGAAAUCCGGAUUGUUGUGCCGGAAAAUUCUUCUAAGCGUUCAGUGAGCAGCGACGCUGCAUCGAGGAUCGACACACUCGCUUUCUCGCGGCAUGAAAGGCCAGCCGACCUCCCAACCUCCUUUUGGGACGAAGAUUCUGUGGACAACUGGGGAGAUGCCGACGACGAUGCCGAUGAUGCAGCGGACUUCAUGCGUCCAAACAGAAGUCUGUGGUCGUUCUUUAUGCCUGGUUUUUCUGGACCCGGCGUGAGAGCGAAAUAUUAG